ACCGUUUAGAGUAGACAUCCAUUUAUUUUCCAAGGGCGGAAUGAAGACCUCUGCUGGCCAAAGCCGUAAGGUGGCUCUCAGAUUUUACUUUCGCUUUUCGCCCUCCCGAAGUCGUCACUGAACUUCCGUUCCUGACAGCAACUUCAGUAAGGGGACAGAUUUUCAACUUGCCUGAUUUAAUGAAUUUCUUUCAGCCAUAGCAGGAAAAGCUGCCAAACCCAUGGACAAUGCUCUUCAGAAAAUGUAAGUCAUAGUGAAUUAUUUUUCCUAAAGCUUAUGUUCAUAAAGAGGUGGGAUUUUUAAAAAGCCUUGCUUUGAAAACAAGAGCAGCUGUAAAUGACUUUGGGUGGGAAAGGGAGUGCCUGCCUGCAAGUCUGAUUCACCCAGACUUGGUCCCUUUUGUGUGAAUGUCUUUUGCAUUCUUAUUGCUGGGAUAUGUCAUUCUUCCUGUUCGUUAUCUUUAACAAAGAAUCUGUCUGUACAGCGAUGAUAGGAAAAUAGUAGUCAUAUGGUCUGCUAACCCUUUCCAACUGAAAAUAAUAUUUUGGGACUUGUUCUUCAGUAUAAAGCUUUCUGCUUUUGUUUUCUGGCAACAUAAUAUUUUAGUAUAUAUUUAGCACAUCCCAAGGACAUGCAAUGAAACAUUAUGCUUGAAGGGAAAGGUUUCCACACUGAUGAUUUUAUUUGCGGAUCAAAAAUAGACACACAUUCUUCCAGAAUUCACCAGGACAUGGACUGACAUGAUUAGUUUGCAACAACUCCUUGGUUGCUAGUAUAAUGAUGGUCAACAUUGGCAACUAAAUGGGGUCCCUUGAGUGUUUGUAAUUCCUUGCUUCUAGACCUUUUGACAAUACAUCUGGGUUGCAGAACUAGCAGUAGCAUCACACUGUACUGCUUCCACCCCCCAGCAAAAGCAUUUUCACCAUAGACAAAAAACUCAAAAAUCUAUGAAUCACACUCUUCCCAACAAUGCUUUCCCACUGCUUCUCCUCAUUCCCGCUGGUGCAUCAGACAGUGAGAGCUCAGCAUGAGGACUGCAUAAGCCAUAAGGCAACGCCCUACCAUGUUGAUCUAAGAAUGUCUGUGAAAUGCAGGCACAACAGAGGGUUAUUUGUUUCUAAGGUUGUUGCCCGGGUUAAUAUCUAGUGCAACUCUGAUUGCCAUUUCAUUUUGUGAACUCCACCCAACUCAUUCUAUCUGAAACAAGCCUGGCAUUGUUCCCAUGGCCAGUUAUGCCAAAGUGAGGAGAGCUUCCGAUUAGUUCAGGCUCUGAUCUUUACCUAUAUUUCCUUUCAUUUUAUGCAUAUUAAAAAAUGAUUCACGAUUGAAAUAAGGGCAGCGUUCCUCAACCUUGUGCCCUCCUGAUGCUUUGACUGUGGCUGAUGGGAGGGUGGUGGUUCAAAUCAUGUGUAGCAACCAUGUUUACCCAGGGUUAGUUAUAAACUUAGCACAAAAUGGACCGAUUAUUUUAAUGUGCAACAAUUCAAGCAUCACGCUGGGAAUGAGUAUGAAAACACUGCCGGUGUGAUGUAAUUGUCCGUGUUGUGUUUGGGCAUGGCAACCCAAUAUUCAAAUCACAACUCUAAGGCAGCUCAGGAACAUUCAGAGUUCUCUGCCAAGAACAAUUGAGAUGUAAAAGAAGAGAAGUACAUGUCUAAACAUUUGGGGACCUGACCAAUCCCAUUGAUUCUGCCCCCACCCCCAAAGUCCAGCCGCCCCUAACAAAAAUCCUGGCUAUGCCCAUGCUUGGGUACAUACACCUGGCAAUCAUAAGCUGGAAAGUUGUUUGGCAUGGCAAAGAAACACAAGUCUAACUACCUGCUCAGUACGGUUUUUAACAUAUCAAGAGUUGUAUCCAAAGUAGCACAGGUUUGUCCCAUCCGUCCAAAUAUUUCUGCCUACACUAUGGGACUUUCCCCCUCUCCUCCCCCCAUGUGCCUCCUAAAUAAGUUCUAGGGGUUUUUGCCAACCUUCCGGAGCAGAUUUGGGAAGGACACAGAGUGUACACUGGGGGAGAUGAUGAGUCCAGCUGUGCAAGCAGAAAUCCUUGCAGUGAUGGGGGUAUGUUAGUUUGAUACUGCCCUAACAUUUUAAUAUCUCAAUUAUACGUCCAAAAAUUUGUUGUGCCCCAAUGAAGAUCCCUUAGAGUGCAAAGCAUGUAUAGCUCUAGUUAUAUGAGGAUUUUUGAAUACAAAUGGCCUGGGGGACACUUAUGUGGUUUGGCCCCCAAAUUGUCUGCUGGGCCUUCAAUAGCUUCUGCUGCACAUCCUAAUGGUUUAGGGUUCUCAGAAGCUUACAGCCUCUGAGGAUUUCUCAGCUGAAAGGACUCACACCAGGGUGGUUCAUUUGGUUAGUUUAUGCAGAGGACUCAUUUUGAAGAAUGAAGAUGAGCAAAUGUUAAUCAUUCCUUACCAAGUUAUGCAUCCCUCAUUAUCACAAAUCGCUUUCCAACCCUGAGACAAAUAUGUUGCACUCCCUAGCAGACUUAUAGAACAAUUCUUUGCUCAGAGGGAAGUCCCACUGAAUUCCAUUGGGCUUACUCCCAGGUGAGAAGAUCUAGAUGCCUAGUUUCUUAUGAAACAGCUAAUUUUAUUAUCCUGAGGUCUGAGCUGUAGGUUGUCAAUCAGGUCAGCAACAGGUCAAUUUUAUGUAGUUAAAAUAAUAUUUAGUUUUAUAUUUAAUGUUGAACAUAUUUAAUGUUAAUGACAGUGCUAAUCAAAUGCCCAGGAUGGGAAAUUAGGGUGUUGGAUCAGUGUGAUUACUGCUUUUCUAUCUUAGAUCUGUAUUUAGCCACUGUUGCCUAUGGGAUGUAACACACUGCCCCAAUCAUACAUACAUGUAUAUUUUUGCGGACAGUGGAGUCCUGCAUAUAUACACUAUGAUCACAGCCUAUACCGUUUAGCAAUAACCAAAUAAUGCAUACAUAACACUUGUGCAUAUACGCCAUAAUCCAUACGGAUUUAUUUAUUUUACAAACUCAUAUUUGUAAGUUUCUAUUUUUAUCUGCAUUUUUGCAAACUUUAUUUGUGGGUAUCUAAAGAGACACUGCGGUGCAGAUGGAAUUACACCCUGCUUACUUGUAAUGAAGAUUACUUACAAGAAGGGGACCUGGGAUCGCAGCAUCAAAUCCUAGCUAGGGAAGUGCUUUUUUAUACUGCAAAACAUAUCAAAGUGCAUUUUAUCUCCUAGCUGCACACAAAUGGAUGAGCUCAUGUUUCUAGUAAUAAUAAUAAACUGCAUAUGCAAAUUAGAAAAAUGUUGAUUUUUUUAAAUUUGAGAACUUAUGUGAAAAAAUAAAUUAUGUUGUUUGAAAUUGUACAAUUAAUUGUUUCCAAAAGUGGCAAUUAAUUUUCUGUGUCUAAAUUUAUGUUCACCGUUCAAACUACAAGAAAAUUAAAUGUGCCAUCAGCUCUUAUUUAUAGUCAUGAAUUAUAUUUCAAUUCACAGGACAAGAAAUGGAAAUGGAAACGCUGAUAGAAUUUUGUCCUUCAGUUCAAUAUUGUUCCUAUCUAAGCAUUUCAAAUUGGUUACAAAUUUAACCUUUUAGAGCUUUGAUAAUUAUACCAUUAGAAAGAAAUAAUUACAAAUACAGAAAAUGUUUUACAGGGCAAUUCCAUGCAUGUCACUUGGGAAGUAAAUACACAUAGGCAGUGCUUUUUUCUGGGGGUACGCAUACCUCUAAACAUUUUGUGAAUCUAAGUUUGGCCUCAUUGAGGAGCAGUAUUUCAAGAUAAGUAGGAAAAUGAGUACCCCCUAAACAUUUUUUAAGAAAAAAAGCACUGUACAUAGGAGACUUAGAAUGACAAUGAAUCAAAUACGCCAUCCAUUGCACUGAAGUGGCUCACUUUGUGACAGCCUAUAUGUGUGUGGAUGCCUAUGUAGAGAUUAUAAUCCCUGCCAUAGGCAUGACAUUUAAAUAAAUCCUCAUACGCCAUUGGGAAACGCAGUCACAUGAUUUCCAGUUUUCUUCUAUGAAAGUGCACUUAGAGCAACUUUGGACAUAGCCCAUACAUGAGGUCCCCCUAUAUAAGAAAGGUCACUGCUAGCAGAUGGUGCAAAUUCUUUGAGGUUGAACCCCACACACUGGCCAUUUAUAACUUCUGCUUUCAAUGGGACCUACAGCGUUUGCAUUCCUAUUUAGUUUGAGUAAUCCAGAUGAUGUUACCUUCAAACACCAGUCUUCAUGCUUUCCCCCUGUAAAUUCAGGUUUACCCAAUUAUGGGGAUAAUCUGAUAAACUGGGGAGAAUUGGGCUCUGAACCACUUCACUUGGGAGUCAAAGAUGAUUUGUUUCAGUGUUUUUGGGUGGGUGUAACACCUCUGGAGCCCCCCCCCCUUGUGCUUGCAUGUGAGCAUAGGUUUUGUGUAGUGGCUGUGGCAGUUGGGACUGGUAUGGCAUGUGCAGUUCUGCCCCCAAUUCAUUUUAACAGCAUUACAGUGGUACCUCUGGUUGCGAACGGGAUCCAUUCCGGAGCCCCAUUUGCAACAUGAGCAGAACGCAACCCGCAUCUGCGCGGAUCGCAAUUCGCCGUUUCUACACAUGAUGUCAUUUUGAGCAUCUGCACAUGCGGCGAAACCUAGAAGUAACCCAUUCCAUUACUUCCGGGUCACCGCGGGACAUAUCCUGAAAGAACGUAACCUAAACUGAAUGUAACAAGAGGUAUGACUGUACAAGUUUUAUGCUCGGGUCCAGCUAUCUAGGACAGGGGUCAGCAACCCUUUUCAGCUGUGGGCUGUCCAUUGUCCCUCAGACCAUGUAGUGGGCCGGACUAUAUUUUGAAAAAUAAUAAUGAACGAAUUCCUAUGCCCCACAAAUAACCCAAAGAUGCAUUUUAAAUAAAAGCACACAUUCUACUCAUGUAAAAAACACCAGGCAGGCCUCACAAAUAACCCAGAGAUACAUCUUAAAUAAAAGGACACAUAAUACUCAUGUAAAAACACGCUGAUUCCCAGACUGUCCGUGGGCCAGAUUGAGAAGGUGAUUGGGCCGCAUCCGGCCCACGAGCCUUAGGUUGCCUACCCCGAUCUAGGAAGUGUAGAUGGAUGCUGCUUCUGGAAGGAGGCACUUGAUUUAUCCAGACUGGGAGACCACAACAUGUUAUCAGAUUCUUCUCUAACAUGUUUAUGUUUUUAUUUUUAAGGAAGCAUUUAUUGAUGUGCCAAAAGCAAGCAGGCACGCACUAUCCCAUACUUUCCAGCGCAUUUCUCCCUUACUUUGCUUACUGCAAAAAGUUUGAUCUUUCGAGGAAGUGGGUUCGAUGCACAAGAACUCCAAAUCAACUUUGAUCACACAACUUAGAUUUGCCAGUACAAUCCCACCUGAAAGUAGGGACAGCCCAGAAGCACCCUUAGGCUCAGGCCUAACUUCAGCAUCCACCCCCAAGCAAAAACUCAAUACAGUAAGCCCACAACUUCCAUGGGAAGGAGUUACGUUCUGGGGAUCAUGCCUAAAGUGGGUGGGAUUGCUGAAGUCUUUUUUCCCUGGACGCCUGCUCAUUUUUUAUUUUGUUUUGCCAUGUGCAUAAAGCUGAAUGUGCACAAUGUGCCUACGUUGGGGGCUUACUGUACACAUUUCUUGGUAGUUUAUCAAAAACAGGGUAAUAGGCGGCUUUCUCGGUAGCUCAUACAGGGACAGACUUUGGUCAUAUUUCGUAUUAUGGUCCCUGUGUGAGGCCAAAAUCUGGAGUUCCCAAAUGGGAUUUUCUCAGGUAUGGAUCUUCUCACCUGAAGGAGCGUCUCCACCUCCAUUGUUCUACCCGGACACCGAGGUCCAGCUCCGAGGGCCUUCUGUCGGUUCCCUCACUGCGAGAAGCCAAGUUACAGGGAACCAGGCAGAGUGCCAGAUAAACAACUAGCUGACUUUUAGGAGACAUCUGAAGGCAGCUCAGUUUAGGGAAGUUUUUAAUGUUUGAUCUUUUAUCUUGUUUUUAAUAUUCUGUUGGGAGCUGCCCAGAGUGACUGGGGAAACCCAGCCAAAUCGGCAGGGUAUAAACAAUAAAUUAGUAUCUCAUUUUUGCGCCCCCUCUGCUUGGCGCCCUGUGUGCCUGAAUCCAGCGCAGGCUCGUUUUUUUUUACGUUUACCACACCGCUUGCCCUUUUGCUCCGCACCAUGAUGAACUCCCCAGGAAAACGUGGCGCUCGGGAGAAAGGAAGCCCAGGGCCCCAACAAGAGCACUUGGGAUAGCAGCAGCGUGUGCAACUCCCUGCUCCUCGCUGCGCACGGGAAUGGCGAGGCAGCUCUUUUUCCUCCUGCCCAGACAAGUGAGAAGGGAAAGCGGGCGACUCUUCCGUCGAGGAGCUGUGAGGGAGAAGCCGCUUUCUUGCCCCCCCUUGUCUGCCGGGCGGCGGCUCCUCCUGCGGCGGCCCUUCUGGCAACUUUGCCUGAGCGCCGCGUGGCCGAGGCCGGCCUGCCAGUGGAGCGGCGCGGCGCGUCCGGAAGGCCUCCUGCCUGCUUGCCUGCCCGAGAGGAAGGAGCAAGACGUGCCCGCCAGAGCUCGCAGGGGCGGGACUGGCAGCGGCGGCGGCAGCUCGAAGAACCUUCCCAACCUCGCCGGGCCGGCCUUCCUUCCCGCUGGACGCCAUUAUGCCAGGUUCGUACGCCCCUCGGAGGAGGGAGAGGACGGCGAGCCGCCGCCAAGUCCCGGCUGCAGGGGGCGCACAGAGCAGGGCGGCAAGGACACCUUGGAGGGCGGGUGUGUGUGUGCAAAGGAAGCCGCAGGCGCUGCUAGAGGAGACACUCGCCCCGCUUUUGCAUGCACCGGAGCCGAGGUCUCCUCUUACCAUUGUGCAUCUUGUCCGUGGGUGCUGGCUCGCGUUUUAUUUCCGAGGAAGCGUGCGCGAGGUUGCAGACGUGCAGUGCCUCCGCCCGCUGUGCAUGCUCGCUCGGGGCGUUUCUCUCCGAGGGUGCGUUUAAGCAGCCCGAUCUUAGACCUGUUUACUCAGAAGUAAGCUCUGCGGAGAUCAGCACACGACCGCCUUGCAAGGGGACGGAAGAACGUGCCCUGCACAACUUUGCACCGUCCCUUUGAAAGACAGCCUUCAGUAUGUUGGGAGAUGCCUCUCCCGUGGAAGGAAGUUGUUUAAAGACGCAUUUCUGUUUGUUGUCUUAAGUCUGCAGUCCUACACCCUGUUACCAGCCGCGUCGAUCUUAAUGGGACUGCACAGUUACGGUUGCUUUUAGACAUUGGUUUGCUCGCGGCUGCUGUUUACAAGCUUUGUGUUUUUUAGAAUUACUUGAUUGUCACCCGCUUUAAAAACGUCGAGUUCUCUUGCUAACAGCAUAACACAAUGGGCAAGGCAGGGCACAUUUUCAGAGCUGGAGUUUCAAAAGAUGGAAGUAAUUGAUGCCAAGUGAGUCAGCUUCUCCGCCUGAGUCAGCCCCGUUAACAGAGGCAGCCUCUGUGUAGUACACUGGGCAAGCAAGUAAAUACUAAUUUAAAAACUUUAAUAAUAUAAGAACCUAAUAAGAGCCUGCUGGAUCAGUGAAUCUAGUGAUCUAGGCCAGCAUCCCACAGUGGCCAACCAGAGUACAGUGGUACCUCCGGUUAAGAAUUUAAUUCGUUCUGGAGGUCCAUUCUUAACCUGAAACUGUUCUUAACCUGAGGUACCACUUUAGCUAAUGGGGCCUCUCACUGCCACCGCGCCACCGCCGCACGAUUUCUGUUCUCAUCCUGAAGCAAAGUUCUUAACCCGAGGUACUAUUUCUGGGUUAGCAGAGUCUGUAACCUGAAGCGUCUGUAACCUGAAGCAUAUGUAACCCGAGGUACCACUGUACUGUGGGAAACCAACAAAAUGUAUUUGAAUACAAGAGCACUGGGGCUUCUGCCAGGUGGUGUUCAGAAGCAUUGCUGCCUUGAACUGUGGCUGCAGAGUAUAGCCAUCAUGACUAGUUGCCAUUAAUAGUCCUCUCCUCCGUGAAUUUGUCUAAUUCUCUUUUAAAGUCAUUCGACAUUUAGAGUGCCACUGGUUUUCCCCAACCCUACUACUGAGGUAUCAUCUGUUGAGCAGUAUGUUGCUUGGUCUCAAGAUGCCCAAUGAAUAAUUGCAUUAUAUAAUUAUUUACAUAUUCUAAUAUUUUUCCAGCUAUAAGACACCCCUGUGUAUAAGACGUCCCCUAUUUUGGGGGACUCCGUGUAUUCUUGACAUUGUUUUAAAGGGAAAAAACCUAUUCUCAUACACAGAAAAAUACGGUAAAUGGGGGGGUGGCGGCAUUUAAAUCAGGAGUAGGCUCUGCACAUAAUGAUGCUGCAUAUUCAUUACUUUUUGCAAUGCUGCUUACAUAGCCAUUGGUCAUCAUGCAACUAGAGUGAUGCCAUUGGUUAAAGCAUCAGAAUUUCCAUUAAUAACAAUAAUAAUAUUUGACUUGCUACUCACUUGUUGCGCAGAUGUACAAAAACACACACACAAUAACAGCUACAGGAAGCUUUGGCGGAAUUGAUCUUGUAAAUAAACACAAGAAGAUAAUUUGGUUGUGUAAGUAAAAGGUUUGAGACAGUAACACACGUAACCUGUUAUAUACAUAUUAAACAGCAGCUUUUACUGCGAGCCAGGUUAGUAUAAUAGCCUGUAGAAACUACUUUUCCAAAAAUAGCUGUGAUAUUCAAGUUGCUCAUGCUAGAAGAAUCUGAACAUGCGGAUGCUUGAGAUGGAAACAUUUAUUUUAGCUCUUGUGUGAAGGUGAGACAAAAGUUAAGCAGACGUAAGAUUGCAGUGAUCAGAGGCAGUGCUUUUGGCCUAUACAGAAAUGGUUUGCUGGUUCUGCUACCCUGUAUAAUCUUUAUUUCUAAAUGCUGACCUUCAGAUACACUAUUUUCUUGAGCUAAUGCCUGCGUGUUUCACAUGGCUGGUUGCUUGACCUUUCACUUAGAAGGCAUCACUUCAAAUCCAGCUUAGAUCAUUGGAGACUGAAACUUAUCAGCAUCUCCCAGCUGUUCCCUGAUGCGAAGCAAUUGUGGAGCAUUUGAACUGUAUCUCCAAGGUCAGAUGUCUGCUAUUUAGCUCCCUCACAACCCCACCAACCCCUGAGUUGGGAAGCCAAGGAGCCAAUGAAAGUUGGGAAGCUAGUUUGCACCUCUAUGAAUUCCCUCAAGUGUUUACCCCUGAACACUUACCCUUCAGGGUCUUCAACCUUUUUGGAUUUGGGGGCAUAUUUGGAAACCUGAGAAACUGUUGUGGACACCACAGAAAAAGUUUCACAGAAGGAAAGCUGGUGAUGCUCAGAUUCCCCCCUACCAGCACACACACACACGACCAAAAAAGCAGGCAGCACUCGAACCAAACAAGAUGCUUUAAAAGUUGAUACCAGCAUCUUGAAUGGAAACCAGUUCCUAAGUCAGGUAAGAUAGAGAUAGCCAUUCCCCGCUGCUUGCCUCCAGUGUCUGGAUAUCUGAGAGAACACCCAAAAAAUAUGCAGACAGGACAUAAAUGAGGCAAAACAAAAACAAAAAAAGAGUGCUCUCCAAAUCUAUAUCUGGAAAACCUCCUGAUUUUUAAUGGCUUUGUAACAUCUUACUUUCAUAAAAUGAUCUCUUUAUGUUUGGCUGCCAGCAGCAAUAAAAUCCUCAGUCUGUUUGCAGAAUCUGCACCAAACUAUGGAUUUGUUUGAUUCUUUCCAAGAACAGAAUGAAUGGAAGUGGGGAGAAAGCUUUAAACCAUCUGCAGUUAUCAUAAUGACCUGGUCAUUCAGCAAUCAUUGUUAGUGCUAUAAUUGCCUGCUUUGUGGGAAGAGUAAUCUUCUCUCAUUUUAUGAUCUGCCUGAAGGCCAAAAUGAUGAGCAUUUUGCUUUGUUAGCAUUGCUUGUUGUUUGGUGUACUAAAAUAGUUGCAUUAUUGUUUUCAGUAUUGCUGAAUUGCUUUGACGAUGUAAACUGUGGGGAUGUGGUUUGUUUUGGGAUAGGCUUUGGAUUAAAUGUUGAAUGAGCUCUUUGCAUAUUUUUUUUUUUAAAUUGUGUGUGGCAAUACUGCAGUUAUUUAGUGUAAUGUUAACACAUGCCAAAUAUAACUAUGCCAUGUUUACACAUGCCAAACAUAAAUGUGUUCAUGGUAAUAUACAUACAAUAUAUACCUCCACUUUGCCAUAAUUGACCAAGGAAAGUGCUAAGCAUUAAGGGUGGAGAGUGCAAGCCUUGGAAACAGUGGACUCAGCUAUACAACUGCAAAUAAAAUAUUUUAAAUGUGUUGUAAAGUGCAAUAUACAAAUGUGACACUAGAUGGCGACAGUGAGCUAAGCCAAAUUCAAUGUAUUUUUCAAAACAUUUUUUAAAAAAGCCAUUUCCACAGCGUUUUCUUUAUAUGUAUGUAGAUUCCACCAGAGUGUGUAUCUUUAAGAGCUCCGAGGUGAUGACAACAGGGGCAAUGUUUGCAUGUAGCACUAAGGCAAACCAUGGCUUAGCAUGAACCUCCUGGUGCCAACUUUGCUCUUCUCUGGGUCCUCUUAGCACCCAUAGAAGCUAAGCCAAGGUUUCACAUGGUGUGUCCUCUGGUGCUCUGUCCUCUUUAACCAAGAACAAAACUUGGCUACAGAUUGUGGUUAAGGAGUAAUGAGUUUAACCAUGAUACAGUGGUACCUCGGGUUACAUACGCUUCAGGUUACAGACUCUGCUAACCCAGAAAUAGUACCUCGGGUUAAGAACUUGGUUUCAGGAAGAAAACAGAAAUCGUGCUCCGGCAGCACGGUGGCAGCAGGAGGCCCCAUUAGCUAAAGUGGUGCUUCAGGUUAAGAACAGUUUCAGGUUAAGAACGGACCUCCAGAAUGAAUUACAUUCCUAACCCGAGGUACCACUGUACUGUGUUCAGGCAACACUCUAAGCCAGACCUUGGCUUUGUGGAGUUUAGGAACAAAGUGGAUGCAAGCUCUUCCCUGGGAGAGUGCAUGUUCAUUCAGUCCUGGGAAGCCAUAGUUACUGUGACUUGCGGUGUGACAGGUCAUUGUACAGCGCUAGUGACCUCGGCAUUCCCUGGGCUCACUGCUGGCAUUUUACUCCCUGGAGCCUGCAGCAGACGGGAGAAUAAGACAAGUGAACAAAGCAUUGAACAUUGACAAUUGGUAAGGCUGCUGCAGGACAAAACUCAGGUCUGUAGCUAGCAAUUCUGUAAACAUUCCUCAAGCAUGGAAAGUACUGGACUGUAUACGUCUCUCCAGUGCAAUGAAACCCUGAGAUUUCUUCCUGCCUUGGAUUUCUUUCCACAUCAUUUUUAUAGGCUGUUUUCUUUUUCUCUGAUAAAUAAAUACCAGUGCCUUAAAAAAAAAUAUGUCAGUCAAGUUUCAUUGAAAUACGUCCAGUCUACCUUGCAUAUCUGUUUCCACGGUGGAGUCCAAGAUAAGGCUGAAUUCAUUUCAGCAUCUAGCGAUUUCAGAGUCUGUGAUCUUCUAUGGUUACAGCUUCAUGAGGGAAUAAAGCUAGGGCCGGAUUAAAAGAUUACGGGCUGGAUAUUUUCAAAAACUCAUUUUGUUAAUGGUGAUAGAGCAGUUGUCAAAGAAAGAAAAAUGAAAUAGUUGAUCUACAAUGAUUUUUAACAACAACACAUUUUUAUUUAGCUGUUGGCACAUACAAUAAAAAACAGUACAAUGGGAGGCCUAUUUACGAUUUGAGAUUCUGCAUUCUGUGCGCUCCUAAAUAAUAAGAGACUGAUUAGAAAUCUUCCAAGUGUUAGGCAAGCCAUUGUUUGCAAUUUGUCUUGUGUGUUGUGAUGUCUUCAGAUAAAGUCAGUGACAAAACUUGAUUUUAAUGGCAGUAAUUGACACCCUCAGAGCUAUUUCUGAAGGAACCGUGAAAGGUCCAGGAGCACACUUGAUGGGACUGGGGUGUGUUUAGUCGAAACAUCCAAAUUCUGUACUUUGGAAGGUAGAGUUCCUUGGAAGUUUGCAGUGGGAAGAUCAGUAAUGGUGGACAGAGCAAGUGCUCACAGCACUUUUUCAGGAUUCUGUAUGUGUCCACUGGCCUGAAAAGGCUAGUUACCCCUACCAUACAUUUAUCGUUAUGCUUCAAGGUUAAGGUUAACACAUUUUAAUUGCAUGUAAGGAUUUUGAUCAGACGGAACUUAUAGAAAGGUAGCGUAGUGGAGAGGGGGACUUGCCCUUUACAUAAUGCUGCCUUGCAUUUGCCAUUGAUUGAAGAAAAUAAAAAGGAGCCUUGCCUAAAAUCCCAGAGAAGCUUACAUUGCAUAAUUAUGUGUGCUGCAUAAAAUACAAGAUUUGUAUGGGUCAGCACAAAGCAGAUAAUAACAGUUGUUUGGAGGCAUAAUUUAAAGAGCUGCAGUUGUAGGCAGAAUUCCAGUUUACUGAAACACAUUUUAAAAAGAGAGAGGCUUAACUGAUGUAAGUAAACUCUCUUCGCUGCUAAUAUGCUCUUGUAUGUUGUUGCAUAUGGGACUUGUAGCAGAAGACAUUGGAGAGAGCCAAGGGAGGGAAGCCACCCUGAGCUCGCCUUGCUUCCUGUUCAUUCACAGUACUUAGACUACACACACACCACAUAUUUAAAGCACAUUCCUCCCUGCUUCCCCCACCAAAAAAAGAAUCCCAAGAAUGGCAGUGUAGCCAGCACCCUUAACAAACUACAGUUCCCAGGAUUCUUUGAAAGAGGGAAUGUGCAUUAAAUGUGUUUUAACUUUGUGGUAUGUAUGUAGCCUCAGACACAAGUUCUACCUUGUUCACUGGGACAUUCUAACAGGUAAACCUUGGAACUAGAGAACUCCAGACUCUCAAGAGUACCUUGGCUUCGAUUUCUUAAGCAGCGCAGCAAAUGUCUUAAGGAACUUAGGGUGGCGUCAAAAGAAGUUUGUGAUAUGGCAGGAGUUUCAUUUUUAAAACCUCACUGGAUGCCCAAUGCAGGGAAAUUAUAUGAAUUUGCUGUCUAAUUUUCUUGAUGUAUACUGUGAGGAGUUCAUAUGGAAGGACAAUUGUGUCAUGUCAUGUGAAGCCUCUUUCAAAGACAUUUCAAUCAUCAUGUUAGGAAGUUUCUGACGGGGAGAACCAGGUGUUCUUGGUUUUCUGAAAUGGUGCUGUACACUUUGACAUACGGAAGGAAAAAAGGCUGUUCCCUGCCUCCAGAAGUGUACAGUCUAGGGGUGGGUCUAUAAAUUGUUAUAAAGAAAAAAAACACUAUGUAAAAACACAUAGAAAAGUUUUGUGCUCUACAGCUUCUGUUUAUAAAGCAUUCAAAACACUGUUUUUUGAAUAAUGUAGCUGAGUCCUAGGUUUCAAAAUGGGCGAGGGGUGAGGGGACAGCAUAGGAAGGAGAUGACUAAUUUGCAAGCCACUGCUAAUUUCACCUCUGGGGACAGAAUAUAGUUGUGGGAAAUGUUGUCCUAUGUGAAACAACCCUAAUCAUUGAUAUGCUGUGUUGUCACCAUCUAUGUUUGUCUUUGGUUUCUCCUUAUCCCCAUCCAUGUAUUCUCAGUACAUCUUUCAAAACGUAGCUCUUGACUCGACUUCCACCCUCUUCAAUCUUCCUUUCUCAUCGCAUCUUGAAACAAAAGAAGACUAUAUAACAUCUCAACUGGAAAAGAAUUUUAGCAAACAGUAUAAUGAAGCACAUGGAUUUUAUUGAGGUGCAUUGAGACAAUGUGGAAAAAGAUGCUUUGCUUGCCAUUUGAAACAUUAAUUUUAUGGGGUGAAUGGUAACACUCUGCUGGAAAUCCAGUUGAUACUUAUGAAAUUGCAAAAGUUGUGCAAUGCCAGUAGAAAGCUUUUCUUUUUUUCAUUUUAAUGGGAAUGACUCAGGCUCUCAAAAAGCCUUUGCUUAUUACAAUAAUCAUGGGAGGUUUUUAUGAAUAUUUUUGGGGGAAUAUCACAUGAUUUAAAAAGAGAGGACAGAAUCUGAAGGCAAUGAAAGGUUUAAAGCUGAACAGCAAAAUCAUCCUCUUUUAAGGCCAUCCUGCUGUUUUUAUAGCAGAAUCUCUGGAUUUCGAAGCACUGAUUAGCAAACAAAUCCCAUGCUUGGCUAUGCAGCAAUAAAAAUACAGCAAUUGAAAUUGUUCUGAGGUCAGGUUAGACUGCACAGUUUCCCUCUUAGUGGCUAGGAUUUGAAGGCAGAUAUAAAAAUUGAGCAUUCCAACUUUUAAAAAAUGCAUUUUUUACUGAGGCCUGUUCAGAUGUGAUAUUGCCCAGUCUCCUAAGCAUCUAUAGGAGAUCAGGAGCUCCCCAACUCUGUUCUGUUAUUUCUCCGCUGAGCUUGUCUGUGUCUUCCCUCUCCCUCUCUGUGUUCCUCUGUAUCUUUUCAUUUUCAAAGGUAACAAGACUUGUAUGCAGCUUUGUUUUCUAACCAUUAGCUCAGCCCGGGCACCCCCAAACUUGGCCCUCCAGAUGUUUUGAGACUACAACUCCCAUCAUCCCUAGCUAACAGGACCAGUGGUCGGGGGUGAUGGGAAUUGUAGUCCCCAAACAUCUGGAGGGCCAGGUUUGGGGAUGCCUGGCUCAGCCCCCUGCAAACUCACUUCUGAUCGUGGUUGCAAAACUGCAACUGUGAUGCUGACCCUGGUUGGCUCUGAAAAGAAAAGGAAGAGGUGAGUUCACACGCAGAGUUCAGGAGCGUGAAGGAACGCAUAAGACCACAAGCAGGAUGGGAGAGUAGCUUGCAGUGCAGUGGGAGGGCUGCUAUGUUGAAAUUUAAACCACUUGGAAAUGCCUCGCUACACACACACACACACACACACACACACACGGUCUUGGUGGGCUGCCACUGAUGAGACCUCGUGGCUUGUUGGUUUUAUCUGAGAUCUUGUACACCGCAACGUGUAAAUAUUGCAUUGUAUGUGAAAUACACCCUAUGAAUGCUCAGUAUUUGUAUUAUUCAUCUUUCAUGAAUGUCAGCCGCUCUUAAUGGUUCCUGAGAGCAUUUAUGGCGCUCCCAGGAUGUUCCUGAAGCUUGACAGUGCACACAAAGUCAUGUCCUGGUGUGAAACAUUUGGUAGCUGAUGUGAAUUAUAUGGCGCUUCCAUCCAGUUGCGCUUUGUGAUACCAGGGGCCUGUUUUUAAAUGUGUUGCUUCUGUUUUGUAGAUCCCACUUACUGUGAUCGUUUACGGCAGGACAUGGCAUUCCUAACGAGCAACGGCAGGCUGAGCGAGCAGCUGGUUGACAAAAUUAUCCUUCAGCUGAACAGAGUUUACCCUCAAAUUCUUACCAAUAAAGAAGCAGAAAAGGUAAUUGAAGGAAUCCCACCUGCAGUGUUUCUUUGCUAUUGCUGUAGCUCAUUUGACCCAGGAUUAGGAUUGCUGGUUUUUUAAACGCAAAACUUCUGGUACCUCAUUGAGACUAGGGGUGGUGGCACCCAGGAGAGCCAAAGGCAGCUCUGGGACCUUCUCUAAUAGGACUGACAAUGGGAACCGGAGGAAAAACUACCAUAUUUUUCGCUCUAUAAGACGCACCAGACCAUAAGACACACCUAGUUUUUGGAGGAGGAAAACAAGAAAAAAAAUAUUCUGAAUCCCAGAAGCCAGAACAGCAAAAGGGAUCGCUCCGCAGUGAAAGCAGCAAUCCCACUUGCUGUUCUGGCUUCUGGGAUAGCUGUGCAGCCUGCAUUCGCUCCAUAAGACUCACACACAUUUCCCCUUACUUUUUAGGAGGUAAAAAGUGAGUCUUACAGAGCAAAAAAUACGGUAUUUGUUCAGCUAAGGUAUACAGCAAUUGAGCUUCAUUAAAAUCUUCUCCGCACAUGAUAUCAGCCCUUCCCUGCUCUUCAAUGUUCCUCUUAACACAAACCACACCAAAACUGUGGACCUGAUAAAUUCAAGCAGAUAAGAAAAUGAGCCAAGUUUAGACUCCACAUGUGAAGUGUACGCUUGAAUAAUCACACAGAAAACACUUCCCAGACGACUGUACUAUACAUUUAAAGCAGUAUCGUACGGCCACAAUUUCCCUCAAAGAAUCUUGGGAACUGUAGUUUGUUUCUGAGAAUUGUUAGAUGACCACCGUUCCCUUCACAGAACUACAACUGUUAGCACAUUUUUGAAGCUAAACAGAGUUCAGUAUGGUUUCAAAUUGGAUGGGGGAUCGCGUGUUGAGAUUCCUGCAUUGCAGGGGGUUGGACUAGAUGACCCUCGGGAUCCCUUCUGACUCUAUGAUUCUAUGAACUCUCAGAGUGAUUUAACACUCAGUCUCUCUUGCCAGGGAAGUUGGGGAAUGGCAGCUCUUCUUAAUCAGUAAAGCCAUUGAAGAGAAUUCUGAAUGCAAGCACCCCUUCUUUAUCAUCUGUAGAAACCAAUCAAAGGGGAGUCCAGUUAAAGGCUUACUCCCAAGUAAGUGUGUAUAGGAUUAUACCCUUUUAUAGCAUAGGAACACCAACCCUAAUGGCCAGCGAGUGCACCUAUGCAGAUAAUUGCAUAGCACUCCCUCUCAUGUGCAUGCAUGCAUACACAAACACACAGACACACACACACACGUACGUAUACCUGAGCAGAGAAAAACUCACAUCUGUUUAAUUCUGGUUGUUUAAAACCAGUUCCAGCAGCAAGGUCUUACAAUACCACUUAGACACUUAAGUGAUUAAGUGGUAUAAAAAUAGCUGCAAUAAUUCAGGUUUUUUAAAAUAGAGAAUCCUUCCGAGAUCAGCUCCUUGGCAAAAUGCAGUGGCAAAUGAGGAGAGAGGGAUGAGCAAACUCCUUACUCCUCUGGUUCUUCGCAGAUUUUCUUAGAAUAAGCUGAACGGUUCCAAGCGUCUCCUAUUUGGCAAAUAGCUUGGCUAAUUCUAAGCAUAUCUGCGCUAAACUGGAUCCCAUCAGUUGCAAUAAGGUCCGAUUGCUGCGCCAGCUACCUUCUAGCCUCAUUUCUUCCACUUUCUUUAUGGGGGUGGUGGCAGCAGCAGCAGCUGCUGUGGCUCCAGCUCUGUUGGUGAGGAGAUCUCCCUCUCCUCCCUGCUCGCUGGCACUUGACUGCUAAGCCAAGUUCCAGAAGAACUUGGAAAUAUCAUUUCUCCACUGCUCCAGAAAAAAAUUAUUGCAUUCUUGGCACUUCCCAGGCUGUUGUGGUUCCUUCCUCCCAUGAGUGGAAGUGGAACAGAGGGUCGGGUGGGGGUUAAGGAGAGAAAUGUGAGUUCUUCUUUGGUUUGAAUUAAAAUCUGAAUGAGGGAAGAUCUCAAGAGGGCUCUGUGUUGUAAUGCUUGUCUCUUGUUUGAGGAGAGAGUUAACGAGUAGCUGCAAUCUGCAGUCCAAGGAGUGAUGAAGCCCAGUGACAUCCAUAAAUAGGUAGGGAAUUUUAUGCAGAAGGUGGAAAAUGGCACACACUUCCUAGAUCCCUAUUAUAAUACCUUAAGCUAAAGUUGUUUUGUCAAGACAAACCAUAAACGUUUAUGUAAACAAGCCCCAGGUCUCAAAAUGCUGUGAUCGUACACCCACAGCGUUUGAACUCUUCUUCUGAAAUUACAGUAAACAUUUCCAUGUGUUCAUUCAUAUUCAUGAGGCAGUGUAGUCCUCUAUUUGCAAUCCAAACAUCCCGUUAGGAACAGAAUUUUGUCUGUCUCACCAGAUUCAAUUAUCUCUUUUUGCAUUCACAGACAAGUACGCAUUUUCACACUAAUGAAAUAACUAUUGGAUUCCUAAGAAAAAGUGUGCUUUUCCCCACUGCCUAAUGCGAAUGCUUAUGACUGACGACCCUGCGAUCUUAGAUUCUUAUUUCUGAGCAGGUCCAAUUUGUGGCCGGUUAGGCCAAUCUCUGUAUAUCUGGGAAUUUUUGUUAAAGAGGCAGGAAGGUGUAGCAUGUGGCAUUGACCAAGAUCACCAAAAAGUUCUUGUACGCAAACUGGAAUUCAGGAAAUGGCUGAACUGUGCCAUAGAUCAGUAUACAUCACGUCCAUGGAACAUCCUUAUGCAGACUCUGUGCUCAGUUGCAGAAUACUUCUGAAUACCAAUCUUGGCACUAUCUGACUGGCCAUUGUGGAAAUGAGAUGCGGCCCUUGAUUUAAUCCAGUAGGGCUCUUCAUAGGCAGCUGUUGACAUGCUAGGAACUGGAAUUGGUAAGAACAUAAAAAAAGAACAUAAGAGCCCUGCUAGAUCAGGCUUGUCCAGUGUCCUGUUUUCACAGUGGUGAACCAAGUGCCUGUGGGAAGCCCACAAGCAAGACAUGAACACAGCAACGUUCUCCCCUCCUGCGUUUCCCAGCAACUGGUAUUCAGAAGCAUUAUUGCGUCCAGCAGUACAGGUAAGGCAUACCCCUCAGGCUUAGUAGCCAUGGGUAGUCUUACCCUUCAUGAAUUUGUCUGAUGUCAAGUGUCAGAAGAUCCAACCCCCAUGGGAGGUUGCCUCUAACGGAUAAGACAAGGAAGUUCUUGCCAAUUGCUUUUUAUUCCAUGUUCACAGACAGAGGCUUAGAAAGGCAGCCUCUUAGAAUAAUGGCGUAAAUCUCCCCUCCCCUUCUCUCCCACUUCCUUAUGCGCCAUCCCUUCUACGGUUAGCACUAAGAGCCCUUUGCUCUCCUAUUUUUAAGGCUUGCCAAUUCUAGGAGAUGGUGGGUCUGGAAUGCUUUCUAGUGAUAACGUGUCAGCCAGCUGCUCUGGCUCUGCCGCCGCCUCCUCUCCCAUUAUUUCCCAACUUUCCCCCUCAUCUUCCUCUGAGCUGUGAUCUCCCUCAAACCCCUGUUGUAAUUCUGAACUGUCUUCUUCUCCGGAAGGGUCAGGCUGGGGAGACGGUCUUCACCGUUCCUUCUCUGUCCAUCUGACCUCUGAUCCUCUUCUAAAGCUUAUUUGUAUAUUAUUUAUAUGCACAAGCCAUAUACAACAAAGACCGAUAAGAUUAAAAGAAUAUCUAAAAUAUUUAUAUGUGAUUUCACUUUAGUGCUGAACAUAUAGCCUUUUAGAUCUUCUGCAAAUAGUAGAAAGACAGACACUGCUGCUUGUUUGUCCUACUGUGUACAAUGGAGAAAGUCUGUUAUUUAUUCUCCUUUGGAAUAGCUAACUCUCGUGACGUAGAAGCACCAUAAACAUUUAUGAUAGAAUCUUACGCUCUGCUAUAAAGAAUGUUUAAACAAAAAUAUAAAGCUACAUUUGUAUUCUUUCACGUACCAUCGAAGGGAGGCAGAGGUUGCUUUAACAUUGGUGUUUGUUUGGUUUUUACAUCCUUGCUAAUAAAUGCGUUCCCACCCUCCCUGCAGUUCCGAAAUCCCAAAGCUUCUCUUCAUAGUCGGCUGUCAAACCUUCUAGCCCACUUGCAGAAGGAAGGCGACAAACCCUGUCAAGAAUUUUACCGUGCUUUGCAGAUCAAUGCUGAACAGCUGUAUAACAACUUGCCAAGCAGAAGAAUUCUAAGUAAGUCGGAGUGCUAGCAGAUUUCUUUGGGUGCCCUGUUACAAUGCUACCUCUUCAGGGACUAAAUGGAACUUUCUGUGUGCUGUUUCUUAGAAAUACUUAAAAAUUGACCAGAUUAUAUGUGGCAGACAAAUGCUUAUUUAUAGCUGCUGCAGUUGUACUUGCACACCAAUCUGGCAAUUUUGAAUCUUUGUUUUAUAGAUGAAGAAUAAAUCUUGCAGCUUUGCAAACUUUUCUGAUAUUUUGUGUUCCCUUUAUGAGCUGCAAAGGCUGGACUCCGUGGACUAAAGUGGUGUUGUUGCCCAGGAAAAGCGAUCCAGGGCUUGGCUUGGAGUGUUUUUAUUCUAUCCAGGGUCUUUCUCCCACUUUUGCACAGGAUCAAUGUGAGAUUAUUUUGAGUCCAGGUUGUUUUUCUAUGUAGUCAGCUCAAAACUGCAGUGGCCAACAUUUCUUCCACAAGGGAUAUCUCCAAGGUCCAGGCUUUUGUUUUCUGUUAAUAUUUAUUUUAAAGGCAAAUGUAGCUAUGUAAAUAAUCAGCCAGUCAUAUAAUCAACUGAGGUUGACAUCAUUUCCCAAUAACUUUCAGGGGGAUUUCUGUUUUUACCCAGCUUGGUAGCCAGUUACAAUCAGUUCUUCAACUUUGAGAGUCAUUAGUAAUAGCCAGUUACAUUUAAAUACAUAAUCCUGCAUCACCCUUGUUUCUAAACUGACAGAAUGUUAAGCAAGAAAAGUGCUCUGUUCAACUCUAGACAAAUAAGAUAAACGGUUACAGGCCAGCUAGAGACAUACUUACCUCAGCUAUAUCUAGACUGGCCUGGAAUCUAUUUAGUCCUUUUUGGCCUAGACAGUUUUGGCAUUUUCAGAGUGUUCUGCAGUUGUGUAUGUGUGUUGUUAAUGCUAGGCAUACCGCAUUGCUGAAACUGCCCUAUGAUUCUUCGGGGGGGGGGGGCAUUUGGAAACCUGCAAAACUGUUUUGUGGGGACAUCAACUCCUCAAACAAAACCACAGUGAGGAAAAAAGGUGCAGAAAAUGACCAAGAGGCUGGAGCAACUCCCCUAGGAGGAAAGAUAACAGAUUUAGUUAAGUUUAGAGAAAAGGUGAGUGAGCGAGGGGCGGGGGUAGCCACAUAUACCGUAUUUUUUGCUCCAUAAGACAGACUUUUUCCCUCUUAAAAUCUAAGGGGAAAUGUCUGUGCAUCUUAUGGAGCGAAUGUGUGGUCCCUGGGGCUGGGAGGGGGGGAGAACCCAGGCUUCCCCCGCCAGCCCCGACCUGCUCUUUGGGGCUGGCGGUGGGGGAAAGCUGAGCUUCCCCCACCACCAGCCCCACAAGCUCGGGGAGCUGCGGGAAGGCUGCUCCUUUCGCCUCUCCUUUCGCCGAAGCCAGGAGAGUCCUGCUCUCCUGACUUCAGCGAAAGGAACCCGAAGCCUCCGGAGCGCAGCAGGAACUCCUGCCGCGCUCCGGAGGCUUCAGGUUGCCUUCACUGAAGGCGAAGGCAAUGUGGGAGAGGGAGAGCUGCACAGCACCCCUUCAGCCAAGCGGGAGGAGAAAUGGAAGGGGCUCCAUUUCUCCUGCCACUUUGCUGAAGGGGCGCUGCGCAGAGAGGGGGAGAAAUUGUUUUUCUUGUUCUCCCCCUCUAAAACAAGGUGCAUCCUAUGAUCGGGUGCGUCCUAUAGAGCGAAAAAUAUUGUAAUCGAGGUCUAUAAGAUUAUUCACAUUGUGGAGAAAGUGGAUAGAGAGGUGUUUCUCUCUCUCUUUUCUAAUCCUAGAACUGGGGGCAUCCAGUGCUGAAAGAUUCAAGACAGACAAAAGGAAGUUGCAGCAUGUAGUUAACUUACUCUUACAAGAUGUAGUGACAGCCACUAAUUUGAAUGGCUCUAAAGGAAGAUUAGGCAAAGUCAUGGAGGAUACGUUUGCCUAUCUUAUACCCCCAGUGUUAGAAGCAGUCUACCGCUGAAUGCCAGUUCCUGGGAAUCAUGAGUGAGAAGUGUGGAACCUGCUUGCAAGCUUCCCAUAAGAACCUGGUGGGCCACUGUGAGAACAGCAGGCCGGACUAGACAGGCUUUUGGUGGGACCCGACAGGGUUCUGUUCUUAACUGUCUGCCUACAACCUCUGUGUCUCUGCCUCUUUGUGUCUCUGUCUCAUGCUAGGAUCCUAGCAUGCAGGGGUGGGAAGGCUGCAACCCUUUGUUUCCCCUUGUGGUCCUGAUCCAGUUAGAGGCUCCCGUCCCUGCAGCUGCAUUUUAAAAAGUCCCCAUUUUGUGGUCCCUUUGCUUCAAUGCAGAUUACUGUGGAGGGCAAAGAGCUGAAGCCCCUGUAGACCCCUGUGGCGGCGUACUGGAGGUGUACUGGAGGCAUGCUGACAAUUUGUGAAAGAACACCCAACCUCCAAGGACACUCUGCUGCCAUGCAGUGACCAGGAAGCACCCUCCCCUCCUUUUUAGGGUAGUUGGGGUUGCCAGCCUGCUGGAAAGCACGGCCAAGGCCUACAACAGCCCUGUCCUCUUCCAUGUGGGGCCCAGAGGCAUUCUGGGAAAAGGAAUAGGGCAGGCCCAAGUUAAUCAUAAUAAAAAAUGGGGCAAAGGGCCUUCAGCAGGGCAGGGGGUGUCAUCAUUAUCAUUAUCAUUAUUUAUUCAAUUCAUAUACUGCCCUAUACCUGGAGGUCUUGAUUUACUGAGCCCCCACCCAAGUGUAUUCUAUUAGCCCCAACCACCACAGUCAGUGACCAGGUAAGGUGGGAGGGAUAGUCAGACAGCAUCUGGAGACCCACAGAUUUUCUGUUGUGUUUAGUCGUUUAGUCGUGUUCGGCUCUUCCUGACCCCAUGAACCAGAGCACGCCAGGCACUCUUGUCUUCCACUGCCUCCUGCAGUUUGGUCAAACUCAUGUUGGUAGCUUCGAGAACACCAUCCAACCAUCUUGUAAUCUGUCGUCCCCUUCUCCUUGUACCCUCCAUCUUUCCCAACACCUGCUCUAAAGAAUGCCUUUAAAAAAUAAAUAAAUUCACAAAAUGGUACAGGCAAAGUGAAGAAGCACUAUCAUGGUCUUAUUUGGACUCAGCACUAAACCAUGGGUUAGCAUCAAAAGAAUAAACCUUUGCCUUGUGUGCUCCCCCUCCUUUCUCAUUCUCUCCAUAGCUGUAAGGAGAAAUUCGGAAAUUUUCACUUCAGCCUGCUUUGUCAUCCAAACUAUGGUGAAAUGUAGUGAUGGCUUGUUGAAGCAAACUAACUUCAAACCAUAGUUUUCAUCUAACCAUAGUUAAGAUUCACCACAGUUUAGCAUGUCCAUAAAUAGAACCAUAAACUAGGUAAUCCAAAAUGGAAGUAGAAACUUCUAAUCUCCUCAAGCUGCACCAUUGGAGUGGGAGGAAUAUGUGAUCCCAAGGUUUGUGGAGAUUUGUUCUCACAAUGCUCAGCCAUGGUUUAGUGUUAGAUCUGAAUGAAGCUAGUAUCUACCAUCCAGUUGGUGUCCUUUCCUCUUGUGCAGCCACAUACUACAUUGUACCAACUCCCCUCUCCUGUGGUGAUUAAGACAAAACAUGAAUCAAAUAGACUUAGUUCCUGGAAUACCUCUUUAGCUAAAAUGGCAUCAAGGUUAGUAGUACAGUGGUACCUCGGGUUAAGAACUUAAUCCUUGCCUGCUGUGCCCUAUACCACCCUCAAAUUUGUGGGGAUGGGGGCACUAGGCACAAAGCCCUCCUGUGGGAUUUCGGCACUCCUGGACGCCAUCCCUGAUUCGCGCCACUAGAUGCAAGAACUUCAAAAGAAACAAUUUGGAUGAAGGAAUGCACAUAUUUCGAGGAAGGAGGGGGAGCAAAGACUGCUAACAGAAGAGAUCUCUGAUAAAACAAGACGAGUCGGAGGAACAAGCAUAGAUUAUGAGAAGAUAUGCCAAGACUCAGUAUGGCAAAGGGGCUGAUGGGGGAGGGGGAACAAAACUUUCUUUCUUUUAUGUGAUUAAACAAGAAUCCACCCCCCCCCCCCUCACAAGUCAGGAAUGUCGAUUUAAGGACUUCAGCUGUGGAUAUUGGCUGUGUGGAGAUAAACUUUCGAACCAAAGCAUGUUUUAAGAAGAGCGUGGAAUGUAUAAGGGCUUUGGAAUGACACAGUUCAAAAUGCCGUUGCCAUAUUGGGAAGUUCUGUCGGAGGACUUAAGUCAGAGAGGAGAAAUAGAGAAAUAGAGCUGUUUUUAUAUUGUGGAUGAAACUCCUCAGAAGGACUUAAGAUCGACAGUUCUGUAAUUAAUGAUGGAAAGAGCGAUGUUAUCUAUGAAGGCGAUGUUAUAUGGAAACCAUCUCGAUUUGAGGAUUGGAAGAACGGAAAAUUCACACAGGAUUAUUAUUGGUGUUUAUUGGCUUAAGGAGACUAUCAGAAGAGAUCAUAAACAAAAAAGAGAAAAUAUAUGAACAAGAUGUGAUGUGGAAACAGCAAGAUAAGACUGGAUAGAAUUAUGAACUCUGUUUGGACUGAUUUGGACUGAAUUGGACAUUAACGCAGCAGCAAGAAGAUGAUCAGAAUCCCCCUUCGGAUCUUGAAAUAUGGGUCCCCUCAACAAAAUUUAAAAUUCGGCUUUGUAAUUCGGAAUUUAUGUGAUAUGAUUUAAUUUGAUUUGAUUGGCCGGUUAAUAAAAAUUAUUUUUUUAAAAAAAGAACUUAAUUCGUUCUGGAGGUCUGUUCUUAACCUUAAUUAGUUCUUAACCUGAAGCACCACUUUAGCUAAUGGGGCCUCCUCCUGCUGCUGCGCCGCCGGAGCAUGAUUUCUGUUCUCAUCCUGAAGCAAAGUUCUUAACCCGAGGUAAUAUUUCUGGGUUAAGGGAGUCUGUAACCUGAAGCGUAUGUAACCUGAAGCGUAUGUAACCUGAGAUACCACUGUACCAGGUUGCUCUACCAGAAAGGCAGUGGGGGUGGAUAGGAACCAAUCCUUGCUAUAUUAUGUCCCUGUGUACUGGGUUACAUGGAAAUAAUUUUCUGUUGUCCAGAAGAGCACAUAACACUUGUAUAGACGGCAAGAAAAUAACAACAUUCUGGGACUGCUCUUUCUUUCUCCUGCACUGAGACAUGCUGAAUAUGUUCAGAGCUGGAUUUAAUAAUCAUAUUUGUAUUCUGUCCUUUCUCCAAGGAAUUCAGAUCAGCAACAACAACAGUAAGGCAGGCAAGAUUGAGAGAAAGGGAGAGGGAGAGAGAGAGACUUGCCCAAGGCUAUCCAGUGAGCCCAGGGCCAUUCUACACAUUACGCGGCAGCAAAUUCAGGUUUGUGAUGUUAGGUGUAGGCGUUAACAGGGAGCUGUAGCCACUCUUGGCUGCCUUUUAUAUGCAUAUCUGCACAGUACCUUCAUUUUCCAAACAUACUUUGUCCCCUUCAUUUUAAGUCUUAGGUUUAUGCCUAAGAAUUUAACAGAAGAGGCAUCUCUGAAUAGAAAGUUGAAGCUGGUCUCCCCCUGUGCCAGCCCAGCUCCUUAGCCAUUGACACCAGACAUGGAGAACAAAGGAAUUCUGGAAAGUCAUGCCAGAAUUAUGAUGCCUUUCUUGUGGAGACUGGCUUUUCCCAUUUUUGCAACUCUGUUUACACUGCAGCCCUCCAGAUGUUGUUGGACUCCAACUCCCAUCAUUCCCAACCAGCAUGGCCAAUGGAAAGGGAUGAUGGGAGUUGUAGUCCAACAACAUCUGGAGAGUUAAAGGCUGGCCACCCCUCUGAUAAAGCACCUCAUACUGUGAUGGUGCUAUAAGUCUGCAAUCGUAUCCACAGUUACCUGGGAACAAACCUCAUUGAGCUGAGUGGAACUUAGUUCCAAGUCAACCUGCAUAGGAUUGGGCAGUUAAGGUGAAGACCUACGCACAUUUACUUGGGAGUAAGGGCUUUUCUUUAAAGCACCUGGAAAGUGUGGAUGAAAGGAAAAUGUGGAUAAGCGCCAAGUCUCACAGACCUGAGUGAAACUUCCUUCUAUGUGAACAUACAUAGGAUUGCACUGUGCAUGAAAUUGAACCGCAGUAUCAUGGGAAGAAAUCAGCCAUUGGCUUUGGCACCGGUGGCUAUAAAAUACCUAGUUAUGUUCACUUAAUAUAUUUCUUUGUGUCAUGGGAAAGAUUAAUUCAGGAGCUGACAAUGUAUUUAGCACCAAGGGCCCAUAUUAGAAAUAUAUCACGGACUGGAUGGUGUCAGCUAAUCUAAAUCUUUGACUCAAUACAUUAGCAACCCAGUUUGCAAAUUGAAGACCAUGGUUGACAGGCAAUGGACAUAUUUCUUCAGCGAUAGCCUUUGUGCCAAUUACACAUUGCUGAACUAGCCAGAAGUUAACUGUCUUCAAAAGCCAGCAUAUUUUCCAGAACUCUGCUUUUCUGACUUUCAGAAACCAUGUAGUACUGGCAACCUUUAGCCUUUGUGAGAACAUUAAUUGAGUCCAUCUGUAGCUGAGGGGCAGCAUGUUCAAGUAAGAAAGUGAAAAGAUCAGUCACAACAGAUACUUUUGGCUAUAUUUAAAGGUGAAGUAGCUUCAUUCCAAACUUGAGUUCUAGGCCAUUUUCCACUUGUGUCAAAUAAACCUUUUGCAUGAUGCUUUCCAGCAAGCAAUAUGCUACACUGCAGCUGUGUGUAAUGAAACCCCAGAGGACUUCAUCCCAGUUGCUAAAUGCCUUCAAGUUUGAAGGGGACAAUUCACAACUGCAAAGUCCAGUGUUCCUCAAACUUGGGUCUCCAGCUGUUGUUAGACUACAGCUCCCAUCAGCCCUAGCUAGCAAGACCAGUGGUCAGGGAUGAUGGGAGUUGUAGUCCAACAAGAACGGGAGACCCAAGUUUGAGGAACACUGGAUCCCUUCCCACCAUUUCCCCUCUAAUACUAUUCCUGCAUGCACACUCAUAACUGCAUUUUAGCCUUGCUAGUAUUGUAGCAUUCCAGACUCAUGCUUACCUGGCCAACUUGGGUCUGGUAAAAUGCAUGGAAAAAGAAGUAGGAGGGAAGAAGAGUUUAUGGGGAAAGUGACUGGUGUUUAAACAAAUGUUUGAGAGAUGCACAAAUUGCACGUUCCAGCUACAUUCAAACCAGUGUAUGAUUAAAUGGUGCCAGGAAAAUGCUUAACAGUUUGAGAGAAAACGAAAAACACAGGUUUGCUCAAGAUUCUUCUGAACACAGGCAUUUAUCCCGCUAUGCAUCUUCUAGACUUGAUGUGCACAUAAGCUUUUGAGAUGUCUGCAUUGCACAUGAGCUGGGUGAAAGUGGAAUGAAAAUCAGCGCUCGCGUUAUUGCAGCUAAAUUAAUCUUUGUCGUGCCAAGCAACCUGCUUCACCAGAUGUUCCUGAUGUUGGCUGAAAAGUGUGCUUGAAAGCGUUUUUCAGAAAUUGGCAGGGUGGGAUCCACGUGGCAGGCUGGUGCGCAGCACUCCAGUGCUUCUACUGAGAGCAACAUGAAGGUUGAUCUGCAGGUGCAACUAAGGAGAAAAAGUCCUUGGAAAAUACCACAAGGUGUCAAUUGACUGUAAAGAGCACAAAGAUUUGAGUGACCUUAGAAGACAACAAUUGUUGGCUUAAACAAUGGCAUUGCCUGUAAUUAAAACUUAUUUAGCAUGGAAAGAAAAUAGAUAGGUGGUUUAAUACUUGGCCUAUCACGAAAGUUCUCUACCACCCCACUUUUAAAUGUUGUUUGUUUGCCAACUUUGUAUAUGAAACGCACAAAGAUGAUAAACUGGUUGCCUUUGGCCCUACACUUGCAGAUCAAACUAUAUAAAUGUUUAAGCCAACUUAUUUUACCACUGCCAUUUGUUCAUAUGUCAAUGGCCCUAAUUAUGCCAGUGGUAUUAGGAGACCCCUGUGAUUCAUCACGGGUUACCCAAUGAGAAGAUCAAUAGUAGCCGACAUUAUGGAGCUUUCCCGAGAAUGCACAACCACAGGGGGUAUAUUGGUUGUGAUCUAGAUGCACUUUUGGAUCACAAACCCAGUGGUGAAGCCUACCCUGAGCCUGAUGUGUAUGGAGUGUCCCCUUAGAAUACUCCUCUGUCUUCAGUGUUCCUCUGCCACACAGAGGGGUGCUAUGUCAGCUGCGCAGGAGUCCCUUGGUAGACAACCCUGUGUGCAGUGGGCUCCACGGAGUAGAAUGGGUUGCUCAGUUUCAAGUGAGUUAGAGGGGGGCAGGACCCAUGGGCGCCUUUUACAACCAAUCCUUAGCUGCUGCUUCUUCGAGAACAGCAUUAUUUGGCUAAAACUGGAGGGAAUCAGGGAGAGCAUGGGUUGCGGGUGUCAUUAAGGUAAGGUUACCAGAUGUCCCCGUUUCCCAGGGACAGUCCCCAGAUUUACAAAUCAGUCCCCUGACAAAAUCCAUCUAUUUAGUAGAAAGUAGAAUAGUGUCCCCGGAUUCAUUGAAAAAAAUCUGGUAACUUUACAUUAAGGUCACCCCCACUCCUGUCAUAAUUUGAACAUUAACGUCACAAAAAGUUGGGAUGGGGGAAUUAGCAGCCAUUUUAUGUUGCGUUAUUGUAUUACCAUAUUUACUCGAAUCUAAUGCUCAUCUUUGUUGGCCAAAAUACGUUGCAAAAAUUAAGGCGCACAUUAGAUCCAAUGGCACAUUGACAUUUGCCAGCAAAUACUUUGUUUUGUUUCAAGGUUCUGAAAAUUGAGGUGCGCAUUAUAUCUGAUGGUGCAUUAGGCUCGAGUAAAUGCGGUACUUUGAAAACUGGUCCUUGCUUUCCUCCCACUGUGCAUGACGUGCUUCAGACGUGUGUUGCGCUGAAUAUUACACUAACUCUUUGGUGUGUUGCUUUUGUUUCUAGAAACCUCAGAUUCCACAGGGAUAAACCCUGAGAAGGAGAAAUGUAUUCUAAAUGACAGGGGUAAAUAAUGCGUGUAAAGUAUUGUUGGCUAAAUCAAUAUUGGACAGUAAGGUUAACAAGGAAAAUAUAUAUAAAUAUAUGUUGCAAUUGAAUUUCAUGAUACUAAUUCUAAGUGUGUUUGCUCUGGGCAUGUGCUUUGGCUUUAAUAAAUGAAAGAUAUACAUGUAUAAUCAAGAUUUUUUCCCCCAGUAGUAAUUUCUGGGUUGUUCAAACUGAUGAUGAUUAUUGUUAUUAAUUAAAUUUGCUUGCUGUCCUUUAUCCGAAGAUCACAGGGCAGUUCACAACAUAAAAAUACAAAAUACAUAAGACAAAAUCAAAGAAAAACUCAUAACCCCUUCCCAUUUUAUGUAAUAUAAAAUCCAAAGUUUUCUAGGGAUGUGUUUAGGAAACAAUCUAGACACCACUGCAAUUAAUAGUUGUUGUUCAAGAGCUGGUUGACCCCAUUUAUCUCACUGGGGCAUGCACAGGAAAACUGUGUCCCUGAUCUCUAAAGUACUAACUACAGUGGGGCACAGCCUUUUACGUCACAUUUGUGUUGGCAUUUUUAAACAUUUGCAUAGGCUUCAGCAAGUUUCUACCUUUAAGUGGCGACUCUGUAUUAAUGUUAACCCACGCCCAUGAUUUUUCUUGGUACGGCUGCUGGGUUUGUUUUGUGGAGCUUCUGAGUUUGCAGAUCUGUGCAGUGGAAAUAAUAUUUAAGAUGCCUGCUCCACUCAGCUGAGCUGUUCCACCCUCUUAAUGCUCUUGCUCCCUCCCUUUGGCCCUCAUUGUGCACAUUUAAAGUCAGAAGGCAGGGCAGGACACCAGGCAUGCAGUUGCAGUUAACGUUGCAUCGUGGAAAUACAGAGUGCAGUGAUCACCUGCACACUCUUGGCUCUUCUGUUCUAAAACCUCCUUUUUUAAAAAGUAAAAUUUUGGGUACAAUCAGCGCUGCACCCAUGGACCCUGCCUUGACCUCUACACAUUCAGAGAUGCUGUUUUCACAGAGCCUACAUGUGCACACCCAUAUGUCUGAAGGCUCAGGUAUGCAUGACCCAGGACCCUGGGAAAUGAAAGGUGCACGCACGUAGUUUCUGUGCAAAGGGUGCCUUUGAGCAUGUGGAGGGCAACGCUGGGACUGCUCAUUUGGACCCAAAUAACAUAUAUGGGGUUCUUAGGAAGAGAGAAGAAGCCCUUUUUGUUUUACUGCUAGAGCAGGCGUUUAACUGCCUUAUAGUAGUUGCACACAAAACUCACAUAGUUAAGGGUAGAAGGAAGGCUAAGGAGGGGAGAAGGGAGAAACAACUAAAUACAGAAACACAGGAUGGUAGAGUUGGAAGGGACCACAAGGAUCAUCAAGUCCAUCCCCCUUCAAUGCAGAUAUAUUUUGCCCAAUGUGGGGCUCGAACACAUUACUCUGAGAUUAAGCAUCUCGUGCUCUACUGACUGAGUUAUCCUCUGGUUGUCAUAGAGAAGCCCUGUGGUAUUUCUGUAGGAAUCAUUUGGUUGCUUGAAUAAUGUUUUAAUUAUUAUAUUCACAUAAGUAGCUAAUGACAAGCCUGAUUUAAUUUUAAAGGCUAGAAGAUAUUAAAAUUUCUGGGUUAUAUCCACUGUUGCAUGAGCAGGCAGAAUUUCUCCUUCCUCUCCUCUCACUGCAUCUCACCAGUUGUUCUCCAGAGGUUCCUCACAACCCUUCGGAGCACUUUUGGGAUAUGCACAGGAGAAGAGGAAGGGGAAAUUCCAAUUCUCAGGUGGAAUUCUGCUCCAUUUAUACAAGGACACUAUUAAAUGCCACCCUAAAAUUUCUUCUCUUGCCCUGCAAGUUUUUAAUAAGGAUUAAUUUUUCUAAAAAGAAAAAUAAGUGGGCUACAAGCAAUAGAAGCCUUCACAAUGGUAAUAAUAAUUGUAAUAAAAAAUAAUUGCUGCAGGAAAUGGUGAUUAUAUAUUAUAGUAGAUGAAGCCCAAAGCAAACAUAAUUGUGCCAGUUACAUUUGAAUCACUGUAGUCACAGUAACAACAAUGAUAACUGAUGAACCAUUAAUUUGAACACAUAAUUUUAAUCCUCCUCUGUUGGUUUUUUAUUCUCUAGGUCCUACAUUCUUCCUUGCCUGCUUCAGCAUCGCCGCAGGAUUAGCCUUCUAUAUGUAUUGCUGUAACUCAGGUAAAAUACUCUUGGGGUUUUUUUCUUUCUGAGAGGAAAGGUUUAGUAGUUGUCUUGUUAGCCUGUUUAUCUUGGCAUAAAACAUGUUUUGGAAGUGUUCUUGCAUCAGGAUCAUGAAAGAACACACCAGAAAAGGCUGAUGUGUGGGGCCCCAGCUAUAUAAAUCAUGGCUACACAUUUUGGCAAGACUGACAAGUUCUUCAUAAGCUGCCUGGAAGUCAGAAAUAUAAACUGGGUGAGGAACAUAUGACUCUUGUCAUAUGCCUUGACACUACAUGUGUCAUUCACUGCAGUCUCCAGUGUGGUGUCAUGGGAUCAGUUUCAGUUGAUGUAGCCUGAUGGUGUCUACAAGGUGCCUACAGCAACACAGCCAACAGAUGACACUUACCCAUCCUGGCUUGCUGAGGGGGUAUGGCUGGGAGGGAUCCAGGAUAUGGUCAACACAUCUUUGUGGCCCUGGACAUUUUGAAAGAGGUGACAAUUUCUGAAAAAGCCCAUCUAGGACUCACACAGGUUUGCCAGAACAAGUACCCCCACCCUUUGGGGGGCUGGGGAAGUGAUCAAGAGGUUUGUGGCACAACUGCUGCAAGUAUUCUGGAAUGAAACCAAUUAUCUUGAUCCACUCCAGUCUGGAUUCAGAUUUGGUUAUGGGGACUGAAUCGGCCUUGCUUUCCCUGAUGACUGAUCAUUAUUGAGAGAGAGGCCCUGUUCUUCUUAUUUAAUCUUUCACUGUACAUACAUACGUGCAUGCAUGCAUGCAUACAUUUAGUGGAUUUCCUUUUACCUGAAUCUCAAGGUGAUUUACAAACGUAUUUAAAAGCUGAUUUGCAUUGGCUCUGAUCCUAACUCUCAGAUUAUUUUCAGAUAGUUACAUUCAGUGAUUGUCUUCCAUGCCCCCAAAAGUUGUGCUGCUGUGCCAUCUGGUCCCUAAUGCUAUGUAACACCUACAUGAAAGCUAUUUGGGGGAGGGUGUCACAGGUGAUGACACUCAGCUCUACCCCUCUGUAACAUCUGAAUAAGUUGAGGCUGUGCAAGUCUUCGACCAGUGUCUGCAGUCAGUGAGGGAAUGGAUGAGAGUUAAUAAACUGAAGCAGAAAUGAUGCUAAGUAGUGGUUCAACCAAGUGGACAUACCCUAAGGAUCACUACAUUGGUGAUCAGUGCUAGAUAGAAUUGAGCUCCUCUAGUAGCUGAGUAAGUUCUUUCAUGCAAAAGCCCCGGUCCUGGUCCCCCCCCCCAUUAUUAUUUUUCAGCAACCGAAUCUUGGGAGGUGAGUGUGUGUGUUAGUUUUUGUCUAUUGUUGGGUGGAUGGGAGUCACAGAAACCCUUGUUGAUCUACUUCAGAUUACACAGAGAUCAACCAGCAAUUUCCAAUCCAUUUCUUUCUGCCUCUGCUCUACCGUGUGUGGCCUUGUAUUCAUCAUCAUCAUCCUUUAUUAGGCAUAGCACACCACACACUAACAAACAAACAUCAUAUACAGACUGUAUAAAAUACGGGCGUGUGGCCUUGUAAACAGAAGUGUUUCUUUUUUGUUUAACCCUGUGACCCACUUAUUAUUUUGACUUUUUUUUUUGCAGUGAUUCCUUAAUCCUAUAUUGCUAGUCUUGGGAAGCUUUCUGUAUGAGUUUGGUAAUAUGGAAAAUGAGGCAAGACCAGUGGGAAAGAUAUUCCAUAGUACAAAAUCAUCAGGCUGAUAUAAAACAUUUGGAAAACUUUUUAUUAUCCCUACAAUUUGGUUGUCAAAGCUGCAGAGUUGAUUUAUAGCUAAUUGUAGACUUCAGCAGAAGCAGUGAUUUGAAUGAAUAUUUUAUUCAUGACAAAAAUAAUCAGUCACUCAAAAUUAGGUGAAGAGCUCUUCUUUUUACAAAUCACAAUUUCUUCUGUUACAUAAUUUGCAAGUCAUAGAAUAGAGCAAUUCUCCUUGGCCAAAAUUCCGGCAAGUUUUUUUUGUGUGUGUGUCAAAUAUCAUUUGUGGAAACAGAACCCAUUAUGGCUGCAAAUCUGACUCACUUCACCUUUUUUCUCAUUUCCAUCCCCUACCCGUGUUCAUGUUUCAUUCUAGAUUCAAAAGUCCUAGGAGGAGCCAAGAAGAUACUGGGGUUUUCUCCAAUCAUCAUAGGAAGACACGUUAGGAAUAUUUGUAUGUUGUACAUGGAAGACGCACCAAGAAACAAAUAAGCAUAAACUGGCUCACCAGUCUAGCAUGAAAUUUUCCUGCCGGCGGAAGGGCUACAUUGUCAAAAGACAUGCUAUUUUCUUAUACCAAAGAUAUAACUAACCUGUGGCUUCAGCAGUGUAUAUUUGCUGCUUCCAAGGGCUUUCAAAGGGUCAGCUAUAUAUGCCUUUUACUUGUGGGAGUGGAUGUUUUUAUUUUUGUACAAGCUUAAACUAUUUAUCACUUGAAUUUAAAAAAAUAAUAAUUUUUAAUGCAAGCUUUUAAACAUGUGCCCUAAGUCAUUGCAAAGUCUUAAAAGUCCUCUCAUGUUGUGUAUUUGUAUUCUGUUCUGGUCUAGAGGCCUACCAAAAAGUGAUUCCCUCUCCAAGAUGGACAGAGAGCUUUUGCUCAGUGUUUGAACCCUAAUACCUGCUGGCGGGGGGCGGGCGGUCUUUAUCCAGAGAGCUAUGAAAUCCACAUAGAAGGCCUCUGCAUUUCCCUAUUUCACAGAGAACAAACAAGGAUUCCACUGAAUAUCAGUGUAAACUUUCUGUUACUGCUGGUUAAAGUUUCCUCAGAAGACAUCGUGCUUGGUGUAUCAGUUAAUCCAUUAGCAAUGGUGGGAGAUCCUCUGUGCAAAUAGUAAACUCAGGUGGCUUCAGACAAGGGAACUUUAAAAAAAAAUGCAAACUUUAGAGCAACACUUGAAACAAAUUAACCCCAAACCUUUUUAAGAUAUAGAGGUUGUCGUCUUCUUCUUCUUCUUCUUCUUCUUCUUCUUCUUCUUCUUCCUCCUCCUCCUCCUCCUCCUCCUCCUCCUCCUCCUCUUCCUCUUCCUCUUCCUCUUCCUCUUCUUCGUUUUAAAUGGUAGACUGCAUGUUCUUUCUGUACUUCGUAUGCAAGAAUUCAAAAAACAAACUCCUGUCUCUUUGUUUGCUAGUCCAUCUGUGCAAUAUUUACUGCCUAUCCUAGGCCAGAUUCCAGGUGCCCUGUUUAAGGUAGGAGGGGAGGGGGAAGAAAUUUAGCAGGGUCAAAAAUCCUGACCUGCAAAUGUUCAAGGUUAAUUUGAGGAGGGUGGAUUGCGCAUUUUAAGAGCUUUUGUUUUUGUACCUCAUGAUACCUAUAACAGUGUUACUAGUAAGACCAAAACAACAUCAACAACCACCACAACCCUAAACCAAAGCCACCCCCCAUGCUUUUUUGAAGCUGAGUGGGACCCAAAUUAAUUGGUGGCUCUGGAAUGUGUACCUAUGCUAUAGCACCAUUUCAUUGUUUGUGAAAACUCAUAUAAAACCAGUGAGCUGGCCAGAAAUAGAAAGAUUAUUAAAGCAUAACUUGUGGUCUGAAACGUGUGUGUGUAUACGUACAUGCAAAUAUUCUCUCAUCCUCCCUAAAUGAUUCCCUGCAAGGUUCCACCUUCUUUGUGUAGGUUUCUAAGGACUGUUUUCGUUCAACUUCCAGAAGGGUAGUUAUGUUAGUCUGUUGAAACAAAAGCAGUAAGAGGUAUUGUGGCACGUUAACAGGUUUAUUUAUGGCUUAAGCUUUUUUGGGACUAGAACCCACUUCAUGAUUGGAUGAAAUGGAUUCUAGACUAUGAUACCUUGUGCCUUAAUAAAUUCAUUUUUUUCUUUAAUGUGCCACAAUAAUAGAAUUGUAGACACCUCAUUUUUUCCCCCUUUGCUAAGGGCCAGAUUGUGACACAAUGUGAACAUGUUUAGGCAUGUGGGUGCUUCCCCCCCCCCAACCCUUUUACUCUGACACAAACUGGCAAAUCUUUACUAUGGUUUAAGCAUACAGUACAGCCUAAUUUCAUAAGCGACAGUUUGAAGUUUCCCUGUUUCAAUAAACCAUCGUUUUGAAUGAAAGUGGAAGCUUCUGGUUUCCUCAUGGGUGUGCAAGGGAAGCUGAUGAGUCUGAGACUCAUUAAUGUAAUUAUUGAGGCCAUAAAAUGUGGGAAGUUGGAGAAUGACCAUAGGAAGCUCUGGGGCUGUGGGAUUAGGCUUUUCAUUCUGUUUGUAUAAAUUAAAUCAGAACACCAUUCAUAGGUGCAAAAAAACUUUUUACUUACCAAUUUUCACUAUUGUUCGGCAGACCUUAAAGUUAAAAUGACAUCAUCAAGGUUAUGAUGGAUGGAUGGGUUUGUUUGCUUUUUGAAAUUUAGCCUCACUUGUGUUGUUUUAUUUCAUUUGAGAUAUCUGCACUGUUGUGUAACUUGAACAGGCACUUGACUUUAUGGCUAUAGCUGUAGCCUCUUUUCAGGGUUUGCCUUACAGAUAUAUCAGAUUUAAGGUGUCACCGCCACCUAAAGAGACUGGGCAAAAACAGCUGAGACCACACCCAGCAGCAGCAGCUUCAUCUACAGGCAUUUCCUAGAAUCACCACGAGAGGGAGAAGGAGCACCACAACCUGUAUGUGAAUUACUUUGCAAUAAACUACACACAGCUUUUUGCAUACACAGCAAGAGAGGCCAGUAUAGAAACGCUAGAUUGUUAAUUCAGUCUUGUUCUUAGCUUGGCUAAGAGAAGCACCGUUGUGUCUGUGCUGGGGAAUUCUAGUUAGACAUGUUCCUUUCAUCAGAUUUAUGUUCUAGGAAAGGCAUAGGUCAACUCGGCCCUCCAGAUGUUUUGGGACAACAACUCCCAUCAUCCCUGACCACUGGUCCUGUUAGCUAGGAAUGAUGGGAGUUGUAGUCCCAAAACAUCUGGAGGGCCGAGUUUGCCUAUGCCUGUUCUAGGAUUUCCUGUGUGGAUUGAAAAGAACACAGAGAUUUCAGAUAUGCAAACAGAGAGGCACUUGGAUUUAAUGUUAGCAAAUAUAAUUUAAAAUGAAACAUCAGUUCAAUUACUGCUUAGGAUUUAGGCAAUCUGUAUGGAAGAGUUUUAAAAAAUUAUCUCCCUAUACUCCCCAUGUUGUAAAGUAAGAAUUAGACUUGUCAACUGAGCUGUGUUUCUGAUUGCUACCUGGAUUUUCCAAUUAAAUAAAUGAGUCUUAGUUACAAAAUAAUGUCUAUUAAAUCGAGGUGUCAGCCACUUAUAUUCUACACAGCAGUAGGAGUCAAGUGCUUAGCCGCUAGUCAUUUUAAAGAGAAUCGACAGUUUCGAGAUAGGAGUAUCUAAUUCCUAGUGUGGAAAGGAUAUUUUCCACUUAACCUUUUGAAAAUAAAGAUUUUGACCAUCUGGUAACUAAAGAGCUUCUUGCAGUCACGGGGAAACUGGGGUCUUGUGGAGGCUUCUGGGGCAGAAUGGCAUUUUUCACUUACUGUAUUUUUCGCUCUACAAGACGCACCAGACCACAAGACGCACCUAGUUUUUGGAGGAGGAAAACAAGAAAAAAAAAUAUUCUGAAUCUCAGAAGCCAGAACAGCAAGAGGGACUGCUGCGCAGUGAAAGCAGUAAUCCCUCUUGCUGUUUUGGCUUCUGGGAUAGCUGCGCAGCCUGCAUUCGCUCCAUAAGACGCACACACAUUUCCCCUUACUUUUUAGGAGGGAAAAAGUGAGUCUUAUAGAGCAAAAAAUACGGUAACUUCCCUGUUCCAUUUCUCAUGUCGCUCCCAAGAGACCCAGAAGAUUUGAGAGACAAAAGAGCUGCAGUUAAAAAGGAAGAUCAGUGAAAACUACACCCCAUUCAAUUAAUAGGAUUAUUCUGUAAGCAGACGGCUGCUUACAGGACUCAUCCACCAGUGGAACCUUAGGAGUUAAGUCAGGGGAUUUAUUUAGAAAAAGGGUAUUACUUAUGUUUCAGAACAUGCUGUAAUGGAGGCUGCGACAGGGCAGUGUGUACCUCAGAAUUUUUAGAAAUCUCGAGCGGCUUCAAAGUUUACUUUUAGUAUCAAAGUUAAAGACAAAUAAAUCAGGUUUGAAAGUUAAGCUAUGGCUCCAGCGAGGAUUGAAAGUAGUUUUAAAGUGUCACACUGGCUAUGUGGCCAAUAUAUCAACCGGCUCCAAAGUAAACAACUCACGCCAUUAUGCUGGAAGCAUCUAGAAAGAGAAAUUGCAUUUUCUCUCUCUGAGCAAUACCGAGAAGAGUUAAAGAGCAGGUAGAAUUCUGGAUUUCUCUCUCUCUUUCUCAUUACUUGCAGGGACAGGGAAUAAAGUAUUUUGGUGUUGUAUAUGUACAUAGAAAUGCCUGGGUCUUUUAUGCAUUGUGACAGACAGAGGUUCACUUAACAUGUUGUUUCUGUAGCCUACUUGCAAGUAAGAUGCCAAAAUGCAUGGUUCAAUCUUUAGGUGAAAUGAUACCUAGCAGAAAGGUCCAUACUUUCUGGAUUUCAUUUCCUCAAGUCUUCCCCCCACCAGCCCCAAUUAUAUAUUCCUGUAACUCAGGAUAACAUUUGCAUCUGAUGCAGUGAACUGUGCUCCAUAAAAGCUUGUUGUUGUUGGCAUCUGUCUGUCUCGAGACAAUGGAGUGUGCCUCUGUGCAUGAAGUCAAACCACUGCAAUUGCAGCUUAGAAGUGACAUCUCCUGGGUGCAAGCCUGGGCAGGAGGUAUGGAGCUCCUGGGUUGCCCAGACGACAAGAUCGAGCCUCACUGAUGUCAGUGACAACCUUAAAACGUACUGAUUGUGUAGUUUUGUCAUAACUACGGACUAAUACUGAUUUUGGUGAAUGCUUUCUUAAUUUAUUCCAUCCAUUGCUAGGGAAGAAAAACCCAACCCUCUUCAGUUUUAUGCAAAUCUGCCUUGUUUUGGUGAUGCUUUUUUUUUUUUACGUUGAGCAAGUGGCCACCCUAGGAGGGCUUUCUUGCCUAUAGCAUCAAGGUUUCUAUUCUGCUCAGUUUGUAGUUUGUACUCCUGGAAUAUAGCUACCCUUUGCUUUCAAAGACAAAACUCCGUAGAAUAGCUGCUCAGCAAUGCUUGCCAGCUCUGUGUUCUUGGCACAAUUUCCGUGUCUUGCAUGUUGCUGCUGGAGGAGCACUGCCACUGACGUGUGUUUAUGUGCAUUCAAGCAGGAUGAAGGCAAGGUCCAAACCAACUCAUUUUGUUUAUCGCAUUGUCCCUGGUUAAAUUUUAGAUUACUGUCGUGAUUUGACCGUGAGUGGUGCUCUGUUCAAAAUGUUGUGUGUUAUUAUUAAUGUAACAAUCAAAGUGCCUCACAAUGCUUUAGAGCUGGGCUAUUGUUUUCCCGACUGACUUGCUUCCAAAGGAGAAGAACAACUUCUAACCAAAAUCCUUUAGAGGACAGUAAAGAGCUUUAGAAGAUGAAUUCACACAACCAAAUUGGUGUGUUAAGGUGGCGGGUUUCAAAAAUCUAAGGAAGCUUCACACCAUCCCUUCACCAUGCAGUAUUUAUUUACCUGCUUAUUUCUCCACUCAUAUUUGCCACAUUGUUCUAAAGCUUCUCUUUAAGUGUAUUGGAAGUGGGCGUGGAAAAUGUCACUCAACUGAAUGUUACUCAUGUAUACACUCUUCAUUGUUGGCCUAAGGCGUUUUCAGACCAGCCCUGGCUGAACUUCCCCAAAGGGCUGUUACAACUCACAUUCUCAGCACAUAUUGGUUGUAUAUGCUGACUUGGAGAAGCUCAUAUGAAUAGAUGGUUUGGCACGAUGAACACGCAAAGGGAAUAAUGUUUAAAUGGCAGGCCUGCAGUUGGAUUUGCACCAAUUCAGGUUGAAUAAGGGCACUACGCUGAUGUAAACAUGUCUUUGCUAUCAAUAAAUAUGCUAGUGGUGAAGAUAGCCAUAACAUAAAAACAGAAUUCACAGCAAGUUCUCCAGUUGCUCUGCAAGGAUGUCUUUGCAGCGAAAUGAUAGGUGUGCAUGCCAGCAAAUCAAAUGCUGGCACAGCCUUUAUAUUCGAUCCUCUUAUUUUCUCCAACUAGGCUAUUCACUUUUUAUUUAUUAUUAAAGUACCAUGUGAACCUUCUGGUACCUAUUAUUUGUUCAUGUUUAAUAUAGGGAUUGGGGAGUGUUCUUGGCAAAGGUGAUCACGUAUGAUCUAGUUGAGAUUCCUGCAUUGCAGCGGGUUGGGCUAGAUGACCUUCAGGAUCCCUUUUAACACUAAAAUUCUAUUCUUGUGUGACAUCACAGGCUCAUCUGCUUGGAAUUUGCAGAGCCUCUCCCCCAUCCACCCCUGAGCUGGACCCUAAGGAGGACUGAGUAUAAAUUAAGUGAAUGCAGUGAUGUAGUUUUCAGGGACGCCUCACUGUUAUGAGUAUCUUCACUCUCAGAUUCUGAUUCUCUCAGGUAUCUGCUGCAGCUCCUACAGUAUUUGACUUGAUUUGGGGCUCAGAUUCCAUUUCUUAAAAUGAAUCCCAGGGUUAUGUCUAUUUUUUAAAAAAACAAGAAACCUUAACAAGAAAUAGCACUUAUGCAGGUUUUUUGGUCUCUGUGUGCACAAAUUUCAAAAUAAUAAUAAUAAUAAUCAAAGCAUUUGACACUUUGGAAUUUUUACUUAUUUCUGAUAAUGACAUUCUUAAGUGUAUGGCCAGUAUGAGCGAAAGAAAACAAAAACCAAGUUUGUGUAAUGUGCACUAUAAAAUGCUUCUUUCUUUUUUAAAAAAAGCAAUGUUGACUGAACAUGGUUGUGUGGCUUUAAGAACAUUUGUGUUAAAAGCAAAAUAAAAAUGUCUCAAUUCAAUCUUGAAAAUAA